AUGGAGAAGAAGCGACGGGCACGCAUCAAUGUGUCCCUGGAGCAGCUGAAGUCGUUGCUGGAAAAACACUACUCACACCAGAUCCGGAAACGCAAGUUGGAGAAGGCAGACAUACUGGAGCUGAGCGUCAAGUACAUGAAAAGCCUUCAGAACUCGGUGCAAGGGCUCCGGUCGGUUCCCAGCGGAGCUGAGUUCCCGUCGGGCUUCCGCAGCUGUCUGCCCGGCGUUAGCCAGCUUCUGCGGCGCCGAGAGGAGGGAGGCGGUGGCCUGCGCUGCCCCCUGGCGCACGAGCGCUCAGGAGGCAGCACCAUGGACAGCGCCGGCCCGAGCCCGGAGGCACCCGCGCCGCUCGGCCCCUGCGCCCCUGCCAUUUGGGCCCCUGCUCCGGCCACCGGCGGCUCGCCCUCCCCGCCACCCCUGCUCCUCUUCCCUAGAGGUCUCCCCGGCCCGUCCUCCAGCGUCCCGGGGCCGCAGCCGGCGCCGCGCCGCUGCACCGAGAGCCCGGGGCCGGGUCUGGGCGUUUGGCGGCCCUGGUGA